AAUUGGAAAGGUCCAGCAGCCAAGUCUUGACAUUUGUCCCCAUUAGACUAAACUAAUAGCUCUCUAUCUUGCAUUCUCAUUCGCACAGGGAAAGUUUUCUUUUCUUCUUCUGACUAUCUAUCUCCCUUUCUCUGGUAUCUGCAGCAUCCAAGAUUUAUUAGCAUCCCAUCAGAUUUACAUUACAUUUCUCCUAAAGAUGGCAAUGGGAUUAUCUACGUUCAAGACUUGCUUGUCAGAGCAUCCAUCAAUCGUAAAUUUCCAGUGGAGCAUUACCCGGACAUGGGGCUCUACAUGGUCCUUCCUCUUCUCUGCUAUAUCCAUCUACAUCAUCUCUGCCGUCACUCUCCACCUUCUCCUCUACCUCUUCCUUAGCCGCAACCGCCGGGUUUCACUCGGUCCAGUCCCAGCAAUCCACAGCCUGGCCGUGGCGCUAAUCUCAGCCUUCAUUUUCAUUGGCUUACUUUUCUCAACAGCAGCAGAAAUCCGCGAAACACGUUGGUUUUGGCGACGCACCAAGACAACCACUGCGUUCCAGUGGCUCCUUUGUUUUCCACUCGGCACGAGGCCCACCGGCAGAGUUUUCUUCUGGUCAUACGUUUUCUACCUCUCUCGGUUCUUUCAUCUACUUCGAACAUUCUUUAUAAUCCUCCAGUACCGUAAACUAUCAUUCUUUACACUAUUUAAUCAGUCUAUUCUCUUGUUAAUGUCAUUUCUUUGGCUGGAAUUCUCUCAAUCUUUUCAAGUAUUAGCUAUACUUCUAACCACGUUACUAAACUCGGUAGUUUAUGGAUAUCGGUUCUGGACUGCAAUGGGGUUGCCAAGGGCCCAUUUCCUUUUUGUAGUGAAUUGCCAGUUUGUGCUCUUGGGAUGCAAUAUUGUUUGCCAUUUUGGAGUGCUUUUCUUGCAUUUCUUGAAAGGUGGGUGCAAUGGAAUGAUGGCUUGGGGCUUAAACUCUGUAUUAAAUGGCGUGAUUCUAGUUUUAUUUUUGAGGUUUUACGUCAAGGUACACUUGAUAAAGAGGAAGGCUAGUGAAGUGAGUGAAUACGAGAGUUCUUCAAGGCAUUUGUACUCUGUUUCAGAGAUAGAGAGAGAAAAAUCUAGAUAAUGAGCUCGCCUGAACUAGGUUUUGCUCAUCUUUUUCUUUCUUGCCCUUCCCAUCGUUUGUAUAAAAUUAAUGUAUCUUGUCAUGUAAUUGUGUAAAGAAGCUAAAAGUGUACAAUGCAUGAUUAAAAAAAAAAAAAGAACUGAAUUUCUGAAAAGGCUUUA